AGGUAGAGUUAUUAAAUGGAAGUCUUCUCUAGCCAAGAGUUGCUAAGAGAACUAAGCUUUUUCCCUUCUGAAAUAAACUUUUUCACUAAAAGGACGAAGGAACUCAAACCUGCUGUUCAAAGUGCUCCUGGCUGGAAGUUAUUUGGAAAAGUCCCUCCCAGAGAGAAUCUUCAGAAAGAUUCCAAAAUAAUUCAACAGGAAUAUGAAGCACGAACAGGAAGAAUGUGCAAGCCACCACUUCAGUCAUCAAGACGAAAAAAUAUCGAAUUUGAACCCCUUUCUACCACUGCUCUUAUUCUGGAAGAUAGACCAUCAAAUCUCCCUGCCAAAUCCAUAGAGGAGGCUUUACGUCAUCGACAAGAAUAUGAUGAAAUGGUGGCAGAGGCAAAAAAACGAGAAAUUAAAGAAGCACAUAAAAGGAAAAAAAUAAUGAAAGAACGUUUCAAGCAGGAGGAGAAUAUUGCUAGUGCUAUGGUGAUUUGGAUCAAUGAAAUAUUACCUAACUGGGAAGGCAUGCGUUCUACUCGAAGAGUUCGAGAGCUGUGGUGGCAAGGCUUGCCCCCAAGUGUUCGUGGGAAAGUUUGGAGUCUAGCUGUGGGAAAUGAAUUGAAUAUCACUCCUGAACUAUAUGAAAUCUUCUUAUCCAGAGCAAAGGAACGAUGGAAAAGCUUCAGUGAGACAAGUUCAGAGAAUGAUAUAGAAGAUGCAGGGGCAUCUGCUGCUGAUCGUGAGGCCAGCCUGGAACUAAUUAAGUUGGAUAUAUCCCGAACAUUUCCAUCUCUCUAUAUUUUUCAGAAGGGAGGUCCAUAUCAUGAUCUCCUGCAUAGCGUCUUGGGAGCAUAUACAUGCUACAGACCUGAUGUGGGAUAUGUACAAGGGAUGUCUUUCAUUGCUGCUGUACUCAUUCUCAAUCUGGAAGAGGCAGAUGCUUUCAUUGCCUUUGCUAACCUCCUGAACAAGCCAUGCCAGCUAGCCUUCUUCCGUGUGGAUCACAGCAUGAUGCUGAAAUAUUUUGCAGCUUUUGAAGUUUUCUUUGAAGAAAAUCUCCCUAAACUGUUUCUUCAUUUCAAAUCAUACAAUCUAACUCCAGACAUAUACUUGAUAGACUGGAUCUUCACCCUCUACAGUAAAUCACUACCACUUGAUCUGGCCUGUCGAGUCUGGGACGUCUUUUGUAGAGACGGAGAAGAAUUUUUGUUUAGGACAGGGUUAGGAAUCCUUCGAUUAUAUGAAGAUAUCCUCCUACAGAUGGACUUCAUUCAUAUAGCACAGUUUCUAACAAAACUGCCUGAAGAUAUCACAUCAGAAAAACUUUUUAGUUGUAUUGCAGCUAUUCAGAUGCAGAACAGUAACAAAAAAUGGGCACAGGUGUUUGCCUCACUAAUGAAGGACAACAAAGAAGGAGACAAGAAUCAUAGCCCAGCACUAAAAAGCUGAUCUCCAUAAUUUAGAGGUCAAUUGAAAAUGUAGAAAACCACUUGAUGAAUAAAAAGGAAAUUUCACAGCAUUUUGAUGUGAAAACCACUAUAGACAAGAGCUUAAACACAAAGAGAGAGACAGUAUUUGACUCUGAAUGGAGUGGCAGAAACUGAUAAAAUUGUCACCAUUUUGCCAGUAUUAGUUUUUUUGUGGGAAGAUUAUUUUCACAAAGACAACAGAAUACUAAAACCUAUGAAACUGAGAAAGUGGGGGAAUACAUAUUUAAUAUUUUAAAAGAAUCAGCUUAAUGCAAUAAACAUUUGUAAUAACUUCUGUUGGUACUUAAGAGUUUGAGACACAACUUUUUUUACAAAUACCACAAAGGCACUUUUUGGGGACAAGGAAUGUGAAGGAAAUAUUUAAUAUUAAGGCC